AUUACAUGGUCUGGCCUUCUUCGAUUACCUGUAGAUGAGUCAGCUGCACUCCCUUACCCACACGUUGCGCCAUCGAGUUACCGGACGGGUUCAUCAUUGACUCCCUCCUACUGUCCGCAAUUCUGCGGUAUCCUCCGCAAUGCACCAUCCUUGUACCUUGCUCCCCCACUCUUUCUUCUGAUAUCUACCGCCCUCCAAGGCAAGUAAAGGAUAUCAGCAGCAGGAGUUUCGGCCUCAACAAGCAACCUCUACGAACGUCGAAAACAAAUCAGCGUCAACCAGAAGCCCCGUCUAUCUGCCAGCCUGAUCUGAAACCCUUCUCUUACUAGAAACACCUACUGCGAAAGUGGACUCCGUCCUCGAGAUCUAGCAAGCUCGACCUCGACGUCCCAACUAUGGCCCCAUCACUAGCAUCUGUAUCCGACAUCUCGCACGACCACAUCGUCCUACUCCUCGACACCCCCGACUUUGAGAACCUCCCAGCCUGGCUAAGCGAUAACUUCCACAUCAUCGAGGGCGGCACUCACAAGGGUGGUUCCUCCCGCAACAAACUCAUCAUCUUCUCCGACGGCACCCUCAUCGAACUCCUAAACUGGAUCGCACCUCCAGUCGAAUUCCUCGAUUGGGCCAGCAAACCCGCAGGCCUAAUCGACUUUGCCUUAACAUCCCCUCAAUCCGCACACGACACUUAUGCCGCCGUCACUCAACGCCUCGAGGGCUCAGACGACGGUCUAGGCGUAACCUUCAGCCAACCCUCCGGCGGCGGCCGACAACGCAAAGACGGCCAACACUGCAAAUGGUUCGUCACAAAACCAUCAUACUCCGACGGCCCGAACGUGCCUAAAUCAACAGAGACAUUCUUCCCCACGACACGUCUCGACACCCCGUUCUUCUGCCACGACGAGACACCUCGAGAACUACGUGUGCCGUCCAACGACAAAACGCUAACAACACACCCUUGUGGCGCCAAGGGCAUUUUAUCCGUCGAAGUCGUUGUGCCGGAGUCGCAUAUCGAACAUUACGUGAAACUGUACAGCGCUGUGACUGGUGCGGAACCCAAAACGCACGGUGGAUUUCGGUAUAAGCCGAGCACGAGCGUGAGUUUCUUGCUCAGCGCGCCUAACCCGGAAGCUAUGAAAGGCCUUGAGGGUAGAGUGGGUAUUGAUAUCCACGCCCCGAGGGAUGCCGAAGACGAAACUUGGUUGAAGGAACGUGGUGUCGGGAUCAGAGAGGUCAGAAUAUUUGUUCCCGCCAAGGGUGAGAGUGAGGUAGAUGAACGACCUCUAGACAGUGAGGGAAUUGGUGCAAGUCUGGUUCUCGUCACGGAAUCCGUUGACCAAUGAUACUAAGGUCCCGAACGUCCCCCUUGCUUCGCUGGCAUAUAUUGUUCUUCAAGAAACUAUAGACAGCUAUCUUACAGCUCAGCGCUAUGUCUGCUAUCAUAUUCAGGACUGAA